AUGAAUAUAAACUUCCCAGAACCACACAUCCACCUCCCCCAAGACCCUCACACCCACACAGCCAUCCUCCUUCACGGCCGCGGCAGCAACGGGCCCGAAUUCGCCGAGGAACUGUUUUCCUCUUCGACAUCGGCGGGUCAAAAUCUUCCCUCUCAUCUCCCAACCUGGCGCUGGGUAUUUCCCACCUCCAAAGACCGCUGGGACGAUCGCUUCCAGGAGGAGCUAUGUGCCUGGUUCGAUGCGUAUUCUCUAGAUGAUAUCACUGAGCGCCAGGAGUCGCAAGUUCCUGGAUUGCGGGAAUCUGUCUCUCAUGUUCUUGAUGUCCUGGGAAAGGAAAUCGAGCUUCUUAAUGGUAAGACCACACAUGUGUAUCUAGGUGGGAUUAGCCAAGGCAUGGCAACUGCAUUGUGGAGUUGGUUUUGCGCGAGUAGCAAGGUGAAGGGGAGAUUGGGAGGAGUCUUGGGCUUCUGUGGAUGGAUGCCGUUUGCGGAGAGGUUUGAGGAUGGGGAUUUGGAUCGGGGGAGACGGCUGGUAGAGUUUUGUUCGGAGGUUGUGGGUGUUUCUGCGGGUGAGGAUAUGAGGUUUUUGAAUACGCCGGUGCUUUUGGGCCAUGGGACGGAUGAUCCGAUGGUUUCUGUGGAGUUGGGGAGGCAGGUGGCUGGGAUUGUGAAGCGGGCGGAGGUGGAGGUCGAGUGGUUGGAGUAUGUUGGGGCAGAAGGGGAUGGACAUUGGAUUAAGGCGCCAGAGGGAUUUGAUGCCAUUUUGAGGUUUAUUCAGUCGGGGAAUGAGGGUGUGAAUUGGUAG